UUCAACGGCAGAUACGGUCCGGCGUCGGUGUCGAGUGGAUGCUGAUCGCGGGCUCCUUAUAAAGAUUUUCGGUAGUUCUAACGUUUUUUUCGGUGUGCCGUAAACGAUCGCAUCAACCUGAACGCAGACGUAACGUCGAUGUGAAGCGAGAGGAAAAGUUGCAAAACGCGCGAUUCACUGGUGAGAACUUGCGGGUGCGGCACUUGAAAGAGCCGUUGUUUAGAUUUGGGUUCACUGCUUUUAACGGUCUUUGCCGCUCUGUCUGGACGGUGUGUGCGGCUUAGGUUACGGCUCGGAAAAGCGGAAAGUCUUAAUCCGAAACGACCAUCAGCAGCAGCAGCAGUUUUGUGAGCCGCAAACAUGGCGGAUACGGCGGACGCCGACGAUGCCCUGUUCGAUGGAAUCCUCGAGAAGGUCGGCAAUGAUGGCAAAUUUCAGCACCGGUUCAACGUGAUUUUCAACGUCGGUGCUAUCAUGUUCGCGUCGAUGUCCUACAUGAGUAUCAUACUGGCACUGAACAAACCGCCCCAUAAUUGCCACGUCCCUGGCAUGGAGCAGUACAACAUUUCCGAUGCGGAAAUGUGGAAGAACCUAACGCUACCGAAAGAAAUGGACAAUAAAGGUCUGCUAAGUUACAGCAAGUGUCAAAUGUUCAACGUAACGGAGGAACAUUUGAGAGUUCAUUACAGUGAAUGGAACUUUCAAGACACGGAUAUUAUCAAUUGCGCCCAUGGCUACGAAUACGAUCGAACCUAUUACGAUCGCACGCCCAUCACUGAGCACGAUUGGAUCUGCGAUAAGGGAUUUCGGGAGACGAACAUUUUUGUGUACAACCGAUUUGGAGAACUUUUCGGAACAUUUAUCUUCGGUCAACUUGGUGAUACCCUCGGCAGAAGACCGGUCUUCUACUUCAGCGUGUUGAUCAUCACAAUCGGAAGACUGAUUUCCAUGUUUACGGCAUCGAUUUAUAUCGUGUUCUGCAUUGCCGCCGUGCUAGGAUCACUCACGGCCAAUUCGAUUUUCCAAGCGCCGCUGAUCAUCGCCAUGGAGAUUUCCAAGAGCGAACGGCGGGGCUACAUCUCGAUGAUGCAGUGCAUCGGCUGGACGACAGGGCUCUGCAUAUUGCCGAUGGUGUUUUGGGCAACACGCGACUGGUUCUGGGCGCUGAUGUUCACCACCCUGCCGAUAUUCUUUUUCAUUUUCAUUCCACAAUACCUGAUUGAGUCUCCCCGGUGGCUGGUGACCCGGGGUGAGUACGGUCGGUCGAUGCGGGAGCUGCGGAAGAUUGCCGCCUGUAACGGUGUCCGCCAGCUGCCGUUCGAUGAGCACUCGCUGGAAAAACUGUUCGCCAAUCGGAAGGUUGAGACCGUCUACGGGAUGGCGUCCCUGUUCAGCGGCUGGCGGAUGGCGAAAAACACUGUGCUCUGCGUCGUGUGCUGGAUCGUUGCCAGCAUCACGUACUUCACUUUGGUGCUGCUGAGUUCUAGAAUGGAAGGUAAUCCGUUCUUGAAUUUCCUGUGGCAGAGUGCGAUCGAACUGCCGGCGUACAAAGUUGGCCAAAUUCUUACGGACAGGUUCGGUCGGCGUGCGUCAAACUCGGUCGCAUUUUUGAUAGCUGCUUUGAUUUGCAUUCCGAUUCUAGUGAUCGUCCGGAAUGCCGAACACGAGGCCAUUGUUAUUACACUCACCAUUGCGGUGAAACUAUGUGUCAGUAUUAAUUUCUUUGCCGUGAAUCUGCAGUCGAUCGAAAUUUAUCCAACCUGUCUGCGGCAGACCGGGCUUGCCUUCGCGGCUAUCAUGGCAAAUUUGUUCGGCGUUUUGGGACCAUACGUCGUCUAUCUGGGCACGGAAUACGACAAUCGGUAUCCUUUUGCCGUGAUCGGGCUGCUGUCGGUGCUCGGUUCGGCUUGUGCCGCGUGGCUACCGGAAACACUGCACCAGGCCCUGCCGGAAUCGAUCGAGCAGGCGCAGAAGUUUGGAAUGCAUCAGAAAUUUUGGUCACUGCCGAAAAAACCAAAAUCACAUGACGACCCGAGGCUUGGCGAAGAACUGAAGGAGGCGGAGAAACUUCAUCAGGGGGCGACCAAUGGUGAAGGGGAGCUGGGAUCGUAGCUUUGAAGUUGAAUAAAGUUGAUUGUUUUUUUUU